AUGGAGAAUAUAUUAGUUCUAAAAGACAACAAGACGGUUCCGGAUAUAGUUCACGAAUAUAGUCCUACGCUAAAGUUUGGACACAUACCUUUGGUGAUAGAUAAUGGAUCGUACCAAUGUAGAGUUGGCUGGUCAAUUUAUGACGAGCCUAACCUUAUUUUCAAGAACUUGAUAGCCAGGCCUAGAAAAGACCGAUGUAAAAAAGAUGCAGAGCCGCCAGCCACACCACCAAUUCAGAUUGGUAACGAUAUCAUCAAUAUUGAAGCAGUAAGGUUUCAACUAAAGACACAAUUCGAUAAGAAUGUGGUGACACAUUUUGAAGCACAGGAGCAAGUGUUUGACUACAUCUUCUCACAUCUGGGAAUAGACAGCGAGGGCAGUGUGCCGCACCCUAUUGCAAUGACAGAAGCCUUCGUUACUCCCAACUAUUGCAGGCAGUUAUGUACAGGAACAACAUUCCAUGGAGACACAGCCCUCAUUGUCAACUGUGGUUACCAUACCAUACAUAUCAUACCUGUCAUCAGGGGGCAGGUUAUUGUGGAUCAUGCUAGAAGAAUCAAUUUGGUUUUGGUUCACUUUCCUAACAAGUUGAAAAUAUUUUUAAACAAUUUAUAUCAUUCCAGUCUCGAAUGGUCUCCCGUCCAUAAAUCCGCUAAGUUCUGGCGCGAGAACGCGGCCCGCCUCAACGAGCGCGGCCAGGAGUUGCUGCGGACGCUCGUGCACCUGCUGGAGAAGAGCUCCGACCCCGUCGUGCUGGCCGUGGCCUGCUACGACGUCGGCGAAUACGUGCGCCACUACCCUAGGGGCAAGCAUAUUAUCGAGCAAUUGGGUGGCAAACAGCGCGUGAUGUACCUGCUCAGCCACGAAGACCCCAACGUGCGAUAUGAGGCUCUACUCGCCGUCCAGAAAUUGAUGGUUCACAACUGGUACGUUUUCAUUUUGUGUAUAAGUGCAUAUUUUAAUCAAAAAUAAUUCAAAGGGAGAGUGGCCACUGAUUCAGGCUUUCACUUGUUUGACUCGUCAAAAUUGUAGAUGCAUAUAGUCAGAUAAUAUCCAGCUUAAUUCGAAGAUUGUCUGUCACACGCAUGGGCGUGCAAGUAAUAAGCUACUGAAGACAGGUUUUUUGACCCAAUCAGGAUAAGCAUAAGCAACAUUGUAUUGCAAGUGAAAGUAUUAUCAAACUGCUUUAUGAGUACAUUGUAUGUAUCUGAUUAGAUGAUUACAUAAUCACGAUAACUUUGUAUAACAAACGUUAAUCUGUAAACAUAGCGUCAUUGGGUGGUCAGCUGACCUAUGUUAAUACUAUGUUACACAGAUUCUCUAUAUGAUAUAUUUAAUAAUUUUUGUGUUUCUAGGGAGUACCUUGGCAAGCAACUGGAGAAGGAACAGAUCGACAAGCAGGCUGGCACCGUUGUCGGCGCUAAGGCCUAAACAUGUUAUAUAUUGUAAAUGAAAUAUUUAAUUCGUUGUUAUUAUUGUUGUCUUGAAUGUACCAGGCAAUAUUACAGAUAUAGUAACUGCAUUACGUAAAACAUAAUGUAAAUAAUGUGCCUCUUUCCAUUCUGACAUAACAUGCAUCUGCGUAAUCUGUUAUUACAUGCCUAUUAUAGCUUAAAACAAUAAAAAUAGCACUAAAUUUUUUGAAAUAUUUAGUGUACACAUUCCUUUAAGGGUUUUAUUGCAUAAAAAAGUUUAAUAUGAAUGUGAUUUAUUUAAAAAAAGAUAUUAUAAUUAUAUAAUCAAUAAUAAAAAAUCAAUAGAGUUUUAGUGGUUUGUGAUGUGAUAACUGGCGACAUCAGUAUUGUGAAUAAAGUUCAUCAUAAAUAUGUUGA